AUGAUGAUCACUCAAGUGCGACGGCCUGCGACUCAGCUGGCUCGUCUCGCCAGUCUUCCCAGCGCCGCUUCUCGUCCCACUCUCAAUACGCCCUGGCGCCGUUUCGCAAGCGGUAAAUCGAAAUCGAACGUAUCGUCGCAUUGGUUUCGUAACUCCUUCGGAUUCGCACUGGCUGGAACUGCAACCUAUCUUGGUUAUACAUAUAUGAAUGGUGACUGGGAGGCUUGGAUCGAGCGCCAGAAGGAGGUGAAAAAGGAAGUCAUUGAUGUGAACGACCUUCGUGCCGACUUUAUUCAGGAAAAGCGAAGCUUGAAGAGCCCCGGGGUCUAUACAUGGGGCUCUAACGCUCACAAGGUCGUUGCGCCAGAAUCUAAGGAUUCUGAUGUCAAAAUACCCCGGCGCUUCAAGUAUUUUAAUGGCCAAGUUCUGCGGGAUUUCAAAAUUGAUGAGAAGUCCGGCGCCGCAAUCACGGAGAAUGGAGACCUGGUUCAGUGGGGUAAGGGAUAUUCAGAGACUGAGUAUAAGCCGACAAAGACCCUGAUCGGCAAGAAUUUGACAUCACUUGCACUUUCCGAAAGCCGUAUCGUCGCAUUAUCUUCGAAUGGAACCAUUUAUUCUCUGCCCAUCUCCAAACACGACCAAGGCAAUGGGCCGAAAUUACGGGAGAGCUCCUGGAUGCCGUUCUGGGGUCGCCAGUCCACAUUGAGCUAUCGUGUUCUCAGACCGUCAUUGAAGCUUGGAGAGAGUGUUACCUUGAUCCGAGGUGGCCUGGAGCAUGUUGUUCUACUUACCAGCUCUGGUCGUGUUUUUACUGCAGCUGCAUCCACAGAACACUAUCCAUCACUCGGCCAACUUGGUGUACCUGGGCUAUCCUUCAUCACACGACCAAGCGGGCCUGUGGAUACUUGUCACGAAGUCACAAGCCUCAAGGGUUCUAAGAUCACCCAAAUUGCAUCAGGAGAUUAUCAUUCGCUGGCGCUGAGUAAUGACGGAAGGCUGUUUGCUUGGGGUGAUAAUUCCUUUGGGCAGCUUGGCGUGGAAUUUCUGCCGGAACAUCCUUUCAACGACACACCUUCCGCUCUCCCUUUGAAGAAGCUAUAUCGUCUAAGUAUCUAUUCACCAAAGGUCACUAGCAUAGCCGCCGGCGGAGCAAACACAUUCUUUACCGUUGAUUCCAAGCGAAUUCUAGGUCCAGAGGAAGAUACCACCAAGGUCCGCGAUCUGGGAAGAAUCACCGCCGACACAUGGUCCUGUGGUCGAGGAGUGUGGGGCACACUUGGUGCCGGCAAAUGGAUUCAUCUGCAAGACUCUCCCAUCAAGGUGAAAGAUUUGAGUGGUCUGGGCGAGUAUGAUGAGAAGACGAAGCAGAUGCUCCCGAUCCGGCUUCGUACCAUGUCUGUCGGCACCACCCACGUCGCCGCAUUGUUGAAUAAUAAGACGAACCUCAGCGCGAAAAACACAGAUGCCCUGGAUAAAUCAAGUGACUGGGGCUACGAAGCCUUCUGGUGGGGAGGCAAUGAAAACUUCCAAUUGGGAACUGGAAAGCGAGCAAACCUCGCUAGACCGGCGUAUAUCAAGGCACCCUCAGAGUCUUCCAAGACUCCCGAGCCCGAGGCAAGACUGCAAAUCAUGCCACGACACAAGGGCAAGGUUGGCAAGAGAAAUGUGAGUAUGGAACAGCGCGUCGAAUGUGGCCGGCAUGUCUCGGCCAUCUACUCAGCGGUAUAA